CCCGCCCGACCCCCCGCCGCCCCACGCGUCCGCCACUCACUCUGCACCCACCGCACAUGCUGAGCCCGCGCACCACCCCCUCUGCGCCCUUGACGAUAUGUCACCAGUACUUAGGUCUAAUCCACUAUACAGAGAGGAAGAGGAGCAGGAGGUAGUGAUCAUUGUGGACUCGCUGGAGGAGCCAGCGGAGCCGGAGCCCGCAGGUGCCCCCCGCGUGCCCCGCCGCGCACCCUCCACCUCUUCAGGGUACGGGAGCGGCGGCGGCAGUGCGGGGCGUGUGUCACCAACCUUACCAAAGAUAGAGUACACGCCGGAUCUGUCCCGCGGCGCGGAUACGGAGCGCUCUCCUGCCUCAGAUUCAGACUGCGAAAAGUCUGGCUCCCGCGCUUCUGAGUCCGCCUCAGAUGACAGCCCCGACUGUACGCUGUCCAGGAGCCUCAAGGACGAAAUAAGAGCGUGUUUGGGUGGAUGCAGAUGGGACAAGGAAGUGAGCGAAUUGGUUGCGGCGGCGGCACGAGGUGCGGGCGGCGUGUGCGCGGCGCGGGCGCGGCUGCAUGCGGCCCUGCGCGCGCUGCACGAGCUCCCCGCACUCCCCCCGGCACCGGCGCACCCCGCCACGCCCUACUGCGGGCCCGGCGUGCGCCCCGGCGACGUCACCAUGCGUCCCAAGCACGAAAUGUCCCUAUUGGUGAGUACUGACUAG